AUGUUUGACCUACAAGCCAUAUACGAUGACUUUAUCACAGACUUUGACAUCUAUAACCUCAUAAGAAUAGUCAUCAUAGUUGGAGGAUAUAUUUUUUUGAGAGGAAUCGUGUCAACAGAGCUGAAGAAACGGCAAUUAAAAAAACAACUUGAGAGCGAUCGGAAGAAGAAACUAUUGGCACAGGGUCUCGUAGACAAUGAUGCAUACGAUGUAAUUCAUCCCGAAGAGGGAGCUUCUGGAGUCCAGGUUGAAGAAGAGAUCAUAGAUGACGGCUCUUGGGGGUGGGGUAAGAAGACCAGAAAAGAGUACAACAGAAAGGCCAAAAUUUUUGAGGAGACAAUCAAGAGGGAACUUGAGGCUAAGCAAGCGUUAAGAUCUGAGUUUAAUGAAGAUUCUGAUCAGGACAUUGCUGAUCUUUUAGAGGAUGACUAG